GGGAAAGAAGGAAAGGCGAAGGGAAGGGAAGGGAAGGGAAAGGAAAGGAAAGGAGGGGCUUGGGUGGCAGGCAUUAGGGCGACACGAGGCCAGGCGUAGAGAAAAGGAAAGCGCUUAUUGCGCAGUCGAGGAGCCAAAGGGAGAGGGAGGGCCGAGCGGAUCGAGGCCCACCUACCCGGACACGGACACGGCCUCAUAGCCUCCCCCAAGCAGACGAGACGAGUCGAGACCGAGAGAGGGCUCGCGGUGCAGCAGAAGUCUGAUCGAGGAGCAGGAGGAGGAGGAGGAGAGAAAGAGAUUCGGGGAGAGAUAGAGAGAGAGAGAGAGAGAGAGGGAGAAGUUUGUCGUUGCCUUUGGUGUCUGCGAGCGGGCGGGCGAGGUUGUGCGAUUUGGGAUUGUGGGAGGGAGGGAGAGAGGGAGGGAGGGGAGUGAGAAAUAGCGUGUUGGUUUGCUCGUUCGUGCGUGUGUGUGAUCGGAUUUGCAGGGACAGGUUGCAGGCAGAUACAGACGGAGGUGGAGUGGGUGAAGAAGGAGGAGGAGGAGGAGGAGGAUUGGGGACGAGUUCUGGUGGUGGUGGCGCAUCGAGGGGGGAAGAUAUUGGAUGAGACUCGGACGAGGAGGAAAUCUGGGUUGCAUUGUUGCAGGAAGGAUUGAGCAGAGGCGAGGAAGGGGGAGAGGAAAGGCGAGCGAGAGAGGGAGGCGAGAGGCAGACAGAGACAGACUGUUAUUGAGAGGAGAGGAGGGAAGGACGAGUAGAAAGACGAGUGUGAGAAAGAGAAUAACGUGAUCAGGGUCGGUGAACGGGGACCAUGUCUCUCGGAUCAAGAAAACUUGUGGUUCUCGGCAUCCCUUGGGAUGUAGACACAGAAGGACUGCGGCAGUACAUGUCCAAGUAUGGGGAGCUCGAUGACAUAAUCGUCAUGAAAGACCGAGCCACUGGACGGUCGCGGGGCUUCGGGUAUGUAACUUUCAGGUUAAGUGAGGAUGCAGAGAAAGCUGUUUCCACCGAGCACACUCUGAGUGGUCGCAUGUUGGAAGUGAAGGUUGCAACACCGAAAGAGGACAUGAAACCACCGACCAAGAAGAUCACGCGUGUCUUCGUGGCCAGAAUUCCCCCCAGCGUCACCGAUGACAUGUUCCGGAAUUACUUCGAAGGGUAUGGAACACUGAUUGACGCAUAUAUGCCCAAGGAUCAGGUCACCAAAGCACAUCGGGGGAUAGGAUUCGUCACCUACGAGCACCCUGAAUCCGUGGACAAGCUGAUGGCUGAGUCUCAUGAGCUUGCAGGUUCCACAAUUGCGGUGGAUCGAGCGACUCCCAAAGAGGAAACCGCGAAACCGUGGGGCAAGGGAUUCCAAAGUCCUUAUGGCGCUUACGGAGUGUACACUAGUGCCGCUGCACGAUUUGGUGCCUUUGGUGGGGCCUUUUUUCCUGGAUACGAUUACUCUGGAGCAGGUCUGGGUGCAGACUUCGGAGGAGGUGGUUUGCCAUUUGCCGCUGCCAGCGCUUGGCCUCCUCCGGCAGCACCUGGGGCGAUGAUGGGAGCACCCAGCAUGGGGGUGCCAGGCGGUAGCCCGGGUCCAGGCUACGGAUCCUCUUCUGUCACUUCUCAGGGUUCUGCAGGUUCCAAAGGAGUGGGCACCAGGAUCUUCGUCGGCAGAUUGCCUCCGGAAGCCACAGCCGAAGAUCUGCGACGAUAUUUCAACAAUUUCGGUCGAAUUCUAGACGUGUACGUUCCCAAGGAUGCCAAGAAGCAGUCUCACAGAGGAUUUGGGUUUGUGACUUUCUCCGACGAGGGAGCUGCCGAACGUGUUGCCCUCCGAUCUCACGAGCUUCUCGGUCACCAAAUUGCCGUCGAUCGAGCUGCCCCCCAUGAUGGCGGUCACGGCAGAAAUGCAGCUUCUGGGGCGAACUCCACUCUUCCUGGUUCCGGAGGCGCUGGGGGUCCGAUGAGAGGCAACUUGGGCUCAGCACCAUCGUCCGGCUAUGGCGGUUUACCUGGAGGUUUCGACUACCAUGGCGGCUAUGGAGGUGGAGGCAUGGUUGCUGCCGGCGAUGGCUCGGGAGCACCUGGGCAUCGACAAUCUAGGAUCGAGCCUCGUUACAGGCCAUACUAGACUCUGUGUAGAUGAGCUUGCUUACUACAUUAAUAGGUUGGCUGCGUCCUGCUCCUGCGCUAGUGUAGGUACGGUAGUGAUAGUGUGUGUCCGUCUAUGAGGAUGCUACUCUCUCUGAUGAAUCACAUAACGAUGGAUCUUCGGAGGUUAGUCGCGUUGCACACGUACGGUGGAAGCUAAGUCUGAAGAGCAGAGUUGAGUACAAUAGAGUUCACUUGUUCCUUGUUCUACCCAUCUUGGAGUUUUGAAGCCAUGGCAGGAGCAGCAUCUUAGGUAGGAAGGAUUCGAUCACUCCGGUCUCAAGAAGGUGCGUCCUGAAUGUAUCAUAUGUGCCUAGCAGAGUCACCGUCCGUAUGUAGCUCUAGUAAACCUACACUGUCUAUAUUAGUUGAAAGUAGGAAGAAAUUUCAGUAUACAUCUCUUAAAAGCCUUUGCUCGCCUGAGACGACAUGGAUUCAAUGAUUGCAAAGUACACACUUCGAUGAG